AUGGCACCUGCUCAUCCAGUCUCUUACACUUGUAUUCGAUAUUCACUUCUGACAGAUCAGAUACUUGAAAAAUGCUCAAAUUUAUUUAAUAAGAAUUAUGGAAUCUGGAGCGAUGAUGCUCCCGUCCAUAGCAACAACAAAUUACAAGCCGGUACUCCAGUUAAACUUGGAGUGAAGCGUCUUCGUGAAAUGAUGCUUUUCAACGAUGCUUGUUUUCUUGUUACUGCGGAGAUUCGUUCAUUUGAUACUAAUCAGUUCGAACUUAUUGGUCAUGCUUUCUGUACAUGGACUAAAUAUGAUCGAUUAAAUGGAAAUGUUGUUUGGAUUACUCAGUUAGUCGUUAGUUCUUCUUACCGAGGUCAAGGUGUGGCCGGAACCCUGCUUUCAAUGGCUAAGAAUAGUAUUGAAGAUGUUGUUGCCACUGGACUCGAUACUUCUCAUCCUCAUGCCGUGAUCGCUCUCCGCAACGCUUGCAAUGGCAUUCCAAUCGACCUGAAAUUUAUAGCCGAUCAUGGAAAAGAUAUUAUUCGAGCUUGCAACAUUCCUUAUUUGUCACAUGCUCAAUUCGUUGGUUCUAUUUUCAACAAUCAAUCUGUUCUUCCUGUCAAUAACGAUCAACAACCUGUUUCACUGGUGAAAACAGACUUUUUCGUUGAUCACAAGGAAGUCUUGGUAAUUCUCAAAGAUAUUCGUGAGAAAUGGAAUCUUGGACCUCUUUUGGAUGGCCACGAGUUUUUGGUCGUGUUACCAACAACAUCCGUUCGUCAUUCCAAGACUUCUUCCAAUGGAUCUUCAUCUGAUACUUCACCAUAA